UGAGUCAGGCAGUCGGUGGUUGGCGAUAGAACGUUUUGAGUGUGGAUGUUGAAGCUGCUGAUCGUGGUAUAAUACACAAGUGUGCAAACGGAUAUUCGUAAUAUAACGAGACAGGGAAAAAUCGUGGAGGAUUUGUGUUUCUAAUUUUCGACGCAAAGAUGCAGUGAUAGCUUUGAAGUUAAUCUCUCUAGUGGUCCUUCGCGUUGUAAUUCGCGCGUGAAAAUCUGACUCCCGUAACGUCGCUGGCACGAAUAUUCGAGUUACUUGUGAUAACGUUGCAAGAGUAAAUUGAUCAACUGCCAAAAAUGAGGAACUUCACUACUUUAAUAUGCGUUCUGGUCGCAGGUCUCUUGAGCUUCAGCAUUGCUCAGGAACAAACAAUUCCGAGCAAAGAGGAGAUCAUGAAAAAAGUACCGGCGCUGAAUAGUAUUCCAGGGUUGGCAAAUUUCAACGCCUCUGAUGUAAACACUGAGAAAGCGGAGGAGCUGAUAAAAAAUAAGUGCAAUAAAAAUGGAGGCCCCGAAGCAUAUGAUACUGCCAAAGGGGCAACGCAGAAUCUAAUGGAGUGCGUUAGACCUCUGAUAAACGUUACCCAGCUGGAAGCUGAGAUGGCCGAAGCAACCCCAAAAGGGGAUCUUGAUGUAGUGUUCAAGAAGUAUUGCGGAAAGAUUCCAGACUUGAAAGCAUGCGUUACUCAGGCGUCAAACCUGACGAAGCCUUGCCUAGAAGCAGAGGAACGUCAGAGUAUCAACAUGUUUCACAAUGUGACGGACGCGCUGCUGGGAUUCAUUUGCGAUAACGAGGGCGACCGCAUUGCCAUGUUUUUAGCUGCUGGCGGCAGAGAAUGUUUCAACAACUCACGACAGGCUAUUGAAAAGUGUGCAAAUGAUACCCUCAAGACCCAUUUGUCUAUAGCCAACCUUAAUCAAACAGGGCUUUCUCCUCUAGAUAGUAUUCCUUUGCUAAUCCUCGAUGCUGACAAAUGCAGGGACAUAGAAAAGUUUCAAAACUGCACCGUGAGAGUGUUGGAGGAGUGCAGAGACCCAACCCCGGCAAAUGUGUUUGAUUCACUGGUGAAUUUUGCCAUGAGAAGUACACCGUGCAAUCCUGCACCAGUAUCAAACAGUCUAAACGGUGCAUCCAGCAGCUUGGUCAACGUUUUAUCACUGACUCUCGCGAUGGCAAUGUUUUCGAAAUACGUCUAAGAAAAGGUCUAGGAAGAAGAUGAAGAUGAAAAUUAUUUAUUUUCCGUAAUAAGAAACAAAGUUUCUGGACUAUGUAACGUGUGACCAGCCACUGGAAUCAAUGAAUUCUGAGUGAUUAAGUGGAAAUAUGUGCAUCAGUACACGUAGACCGAGAGCACGAUGGAUUAUAAAAAUCUUCACCGUUAUGGAGCGGUGCUCUCAAGUUGUCGUUCAGAUAUUUUUUUUUGUUCAAUGAAUCGAAUUCGUUUGAAAACCUUGAUACUAGCCGCUUCUGAAUAGGGUGUGACGAAAAGGUAACGAAGAGAAAACAUUUAUCGAUUCAGAUUCGUGUAUUAUUUACCAAUAAACACGGUAGAGAGAAAUUACGAAAUUACAUCGCUAUUUGCAUUGGUAUGAGUUUUUCCUUCGCAGAUGAUAGAAGCAGUAAAAAUGUUGUGUUUCCAUUGGACGUUUCGAUUGUGCCUUUUUCAGAAAGUGACUACAGUAAACCGAUAUUCCUAUGUCAGGAGUUAUUCCGCGAUUGUACAAUGGUAAACUAACAAAUUUUUAGAAUUAUAUUGUAUCUGUAAAAUAGAUGAUAAGGUUUAAAUGUCAUUACCAUUUUUAACUGACUAUAAAAUGAAAAUCAGCAUCGGACUUGAAGGUUUGUACAUAGUUACAUCAUUGUUUUUUUUUACUGAUUUAAUUAUACUACUACACGGCACAUUACAUUUUUCACAAGGUGGUUUGCGUUCGAUAGAUACUUUUAUCAUUUCACUUUUAAUUUUGAACGAUAAAUCAAGUAUGAUAUGCGAUCCUAUACUAUCAAUUGAUGAAAUUUUAAGAAAUACACUUAUAAUAAGCCAAAACAAUUGUUUUCAGUUACUUUCUAAUCCCCUCCUCACUUGUGUUCUUUUCUAAAUGCAAAUGUGGCUGUACUCGUAAGCCGAAUACAAAAGUCUCUUUAUAUCAUUCAAGUGAAUUCAAGAUUUGUACAAAAGUAAGAGCCAUAUUUCACAGUGUUGUAAAGUGUAAAACGCUUGUGAAGCAAGCAGUGAUUGAAAAUGCUGAAAAUUUCACGUAUGUUGUACAUUUGUAUGGAUUGGAGAUAUUCUGAAACGUAAACAUGUUGUUACAGUUGUUUGCUGUAUACAACAUUUUAAUCAACAAAUAUCUAACGGUUAAAAAUACUGUAAAUUUGCAAUUGUUACUUACACCAUUUCAAAAUACCACAUGAACUGAAAAAGAGGGGACAGAAUGUCUUGAUCUCUAGAAUGAUUAUUGUUUUGUGCGUGAAUAUAAAGUUUUGUAAAUUUUUAUCCAUGAAAAUCUGUAUAGAAUUAAGGAAAUAAAAUUGCUGUAAUUCGUUA